ACAUCCAUUGCAGUUCUCUUAUUUCUCAAGUUUCGAUAUCACUUCCAAAAUUUUGAAAAUCAAAACCGAGAACCAAAUUUAUUUGGUUUUCAAAACUUUGGUUUUUUAAUCACCAUUAAGGAGUGAUACCAAACGAUCCAUUAAUAUCUUCGUUUUGUUUUCUUGAGGAAACUUGUAUAAAAUGGAAGGGAUCAAAGGAAAAAAAACAAGCAACCUGGUCAUCAAGACAUGGGAACAAUGCAAAUCUGUCGGCCGUGGCCAGAGGAGUUCCUCCUCAGGAAGUGUACGUUCAUUUUUUAAGAGAAGCACAUCGUGGCCACAGAUGUCGGAUGCGUCUCGAGUUUCAGAAGAUCAACAUGACCUGAAACAGGCUCCAAAGCGUUCGGUGGCCCUGGAAAAAGGGUGCUUCUCAGUCUAUGUGGGACCAGAUAAACAGAGGUUCAUCAUCAAAAUAGAGUAUGUGAACCAUCCCCUGUUCAAGGCCCUACUAGAAGAAGCAGAGUUGGAAUAUGGGUUUAACAGUGGAGGUCCUCUGGCGCUCCCAUGCAACGUUGACUCGUUUUACAAGGUGUUGUUGGUGAUAGAAAACUGUGGUGGCGGCGGGGACAACCAUAUCCCAAGCCAAUUGAGAUGUGGAUCUGCCAAAGGUUAUGGUGGUCAUAGCCUCCCCAGCCCUCCUCGGAUGAUUGCCAUAAAGCAAUUCUAAAUUUUUAAUUUGCUGUUGGUGCUUUUCCAAUCUGGAAAAUGAAACAUGUACAUUAUGUUGAAGCAGUUGAAAUCGGUCUGCUGCUGUAAUAUUGUCCUCCCUCUACCGUUGUAGAUGUUUUACCAGUUUUCCAAAUUAAGAAUUUGGAUACUG